AUGGGCGUCACAAACGGCAACCUGCCGGCCAAUGGCCAUGGUAGCUCCAACGCCGCCAAACACAGCAUUCCUUCACAUUUUAUCGGCGGGAAUCACCUCGACCUCGCGCCCCCGAGUAUUGUCAAGGAUUUCGUGGCUAGCAAUGACGGUCACUCCGUCAUCACUUCGGUGCUCAUCGCCAACAACGGUAUCGCUGCGGUCAAGGAGAUCCGAUCGGUGCGGAAAUGGGCCUACGAGACCUUUGGCAACGAGCGGGCAAUCCAGUUCACUGUGAUGGCCACUCCCGAGGAUUUGCACGCCAACGCCGACUACAUUCGCAUGGCAGAUCAAUAUGUCGAAGUUCCGGGUGGAACGAAUAAUAAUAAUUAUGCCAACGUCGAGCUGAUUGUCGAUGUUGCGGAGCGCAUGGAUGUCCAUGCCGUCUGGGCUGGAUGGGGUCAUGCCUCGGAAAACCCUCGGUUACCCGAAUCGCUGGCCGCAUCGCCGAAGAAGAUCCUCUUCAUUGGCCCGCCGGCCUCGGCCAUGCGUUCGCUCGGAGACAAGAUUUCGUCGACCAUUGUCGCACAACAUGCCGGUGUGCCCUGUAUACCGUGGUCCGGAACCGGAGUCGAUGCGGUGAAGAUCGACGACAAGGGGAUUGUGACGGUGGAGGAUGACACCUACAGCCAAGGUUGCACCCACUCGCCGCAGGAGGGUCUGGAGAAGGCCAAGGAGAUUGGUUUCCCAGUCAUGAUCAAGGCCUCGGAGGGUGGUGGUGGAAAGGGUAUCCGGAAGGUUGAGAAGGAGGAAGACUUUGUUUCUCUGUACAACGCCGCGGCCAACGAAAUCCCCGGAUCGCCCAUUUUCAUCAUGAAGCUGGCCGGCAAUGCUCGCCAUCUGGAAGUGCAGUUGCUUGCUGAUCAGUAUGGCAACAACAUUUCCCUAUUUGGUCGUGACUGUUCCGUCCAGCGUCGUCACCAGAAGAUCAUUGAAGAGGCUCCCGUCACAAUCGCCAAGCCCCCUACUUUUCAGGGGAUGGAGCGUGCCGCCGUGAGCUUAGGUAGACUGGUCGGCUAUGUCUCUGCCGGUACUGUCGAGUACCUGUACUCGCAUGCAGAUGACAAGUUCUACUUCCUCGAGUUGAACCCCCGUCUUCAGGUUGAGCACCCUACCACUGAGAUGGUGUCUGGUGUCAACUUGCCUGCUGCGCAGCUCCAGAUUGCCAUGGGUAUUCCCCUGCACCGGAUCCGUGAUAUUCGCCUCCUGUAUGGUGUUGACCCCAGCACCUCUUCUGAGAUCGACUUCGACUUCUCCAGCGAAGAGAGCUUCCAGAUCCAGCGCCGCCCCCAGCCGAAGGGCCACACCACCGCCUGCCGGAUUACCUCCGAAGAUCCUGGCGAGGGCUUCAAGCCUUCUAGCGGAACCAUGCACGAGCUGAACUUCCGUAGUUCGUCCAAUGUCUGGGGUUACUUCUCCGUCGGUACUGCUGGUGGUAUUCACAGUUUCUCGGACAGUCAAUUCGGUCACAUCUUCGCCUACGGCGAGAACCGAUCUGCCUCCCGCAAGCACAUGGUUGUUGCUCUGAAGGAACUGAGCAUUCGUGGUGACUUCCGCACUACCAUUGAAUACCUGAUCAAGCUGCUGGAGACGCCUGCGUUCGAAGAUAACACCAUCACCACCGGGUGGUUGGACCAGCUUAUCUCCAACAAGCUGACCGCCGAGCGUCCUGACCCGAUCGUCGCUGUUAUUUGCGGUGCCGUCACCAAGGCGCAUCUUGCAAGUGAGGCUGGUGUUGAGGAGUACCGCAAGGGCCUCGAGAAGGGACAGGUUCCCUCCAAGGACACCCUGAAGACUGUCUUUCCCCGUAGACUUCAUCUACGAGGCUAUCACCUGUUCAUCAACGGCUCCAAGUGCUCUGCCGGUGUCCGUGCUUUGGCUGAUGGUGGUCUGCUGGUUCUUCUUAGUGGACGCAGCCACAAUGUUUACUGGAAGGAGGAGCCCGCGGCUACUCGGUUGAGCGUGGAUGGCAAGACCUGUCUUUUGGAGCAGGAGAACGACCCUACUCAGCUUCGGUCUCCUUCGCCCGGCAAGCUCGUCAAGUUCACUGUCGAGAACGGCGAGCACGUUCGCUCUGGCCAGCCGUAUGCGGAGGUCGAGGUCAUGAAGAUGUACAUGCCUCUGAUUGCCAAGGAGGACGGUAUUGUGCAGCUGAUCAAGCAACCCGGUGCCACCUUGGAGGCCGGAGACAUUCUCGGUAUCCUUGCCUUGGAUGACCCGUCCCGCGUCAAGCACGCCCAGCCCUUCACCGGCCAGCUGCCCAAUCUUGGCUCGCCGGUGGUGGCUGGUAGCAAGCCCCCUCAGCGGUUCUUCAUGCUUUACAGCAUUCUGGAGAACAUUCUCCGCGGUUUCGACAACCAGGUGAUCAUGGGCACCACCCUGAAGGACCUGGUGGAGGUGCUGCGGAAUCCCGAGCUUCCUUACGGAGAAUGGAACGCGCAGUCUUCCGCCCUGCACUCGCGCAUGCCCCAGAAGCUGGAUGCUCAGCUCGAGAGCGUGGUUGACCGGGCCAAGUCUCGCAAGGCCGAGUUCCCCGCCAAGCAGCUCCAGAAGACCAUUGUUCGUUUCAUAGAAGAGAACGUCAACCCGGCCGACGCGGAGAUCCUCAAGACCACCCUUCUGCCUUUAGUGCAGGUGAUCAACAAGUACGUGGAUGGCUUGAAGACCAAUGAGUACAACGUUUUCAUCGGUCUCCUGGAGCAGUACUAUGCCGUCGAGAAGUUGUUCUCUACGCAGCGCGAUGAAGAUGUCAUUCUGAAGCUCCGUGAGGAGAACAAGGACGACAUUGUCGGUGUUGUCAACACCGUCCUCUCCCACAGCCGCAUCGGUUCGAAGAAUAACUUGGUUCUGGCUAUUCUCGACAUGUACCGCCCGAACCAGCCCAAUGUUGGCAAUGUUGGGAAGCACCUCAAGCCCGUCUUGAAGAAGCUGACCGAGCUCGAGGCGCGCUCCGCUGCCAAGGUCACUCUCAAGGCUCGUGAAGUUCUCAUCCAGUGUGCCUUGCCCUCUUUGGAGGAGCGUCUGUCGCAGAUGGAGCACAUCCUGCGCUCGUCCGUUGUUGAGUCUCGCUAUGGUGAGACCGGCUGGGACCACCGUGAGCCUGACUUCGCGGUCUUGAAGGAGGUCGUUGACUCCAAGUACACCGUUUUCGAUGUCCUGCCACGCUUCUUCAUCCACCAGGACCCUUGGGUCACUCUUGCUGCUCUGGAGGUUUACGUUCGCCGCGCAUACCGUGCCUACACGCUUAAGGAAAUUGAUUACAGCGCCUCCUCUGAACCGCCCAUCCUAUCCUGGGAUUUCACGCUUGACAAGCUGGGUCAGCCUGAGUUCGGUUCGCUUUCGUCGACCCAACCUUCGGCCCCCGGCACACCCACCGCGGAGUCGAACCCGUACAAGCGCCUCAACUCCAUCAGCGACAUGUCAUACCUUGUCACUGACCCGAACGGUGACCCCAUCCGCAAGGGUGUCAUAAUCCCCGUGCAGUACCUGGAAGAAGCCGAGGAGUACCUGUCCAAGGCCCUCGAGGUCUUCCCUCGUGCCGGUUCCAAGGCCAAGCGCCCGGGCGAGCAUGGUCUGUUGGCCAACCUGGAGGGCAAGCGUCGCCCCGCCCCUCGAGUUGAGAAUGAUUCCGAGCUCACUGGCGUGUGCAACAUCGCCAUUCGCGAUAUCGAGGAGCAAGAUGACACGCAGAUUGUCUCCCAAAUGCAGAAGUUGUUGUCCGACAACAAGGAAGAGCUGCUUGCCCGCCGCAUUCGUCGGGUUACGUUCAUCUGCGGCAAGAACGGUGUCUACCCUGGCUACUUCACCUUCCGAGGCCCUGCCUACGAGGAGGACCUGAGUAUCCGACACAGCGAGCCGGCUCUUGCCUUCCAGCUGGAGCUUGGCCGUCUGUCCAAGUUCAAGAUCAAGCCUGUCUUCACCGAAAACCGCAACAUCCACGUCUACGAGGCGAUUGGCAAGGGUCCCGAGAACGACAAGGCCGUUGACAAGCGCUACUUCGUUCGUGCUGUCGUUCGUCCUGGCCGCUUGCGUGAUGAUAUCCCUACUGCCGAGUACCUCAUCUCUGAGGCCGAUCGCCUGAUGAACGACAUCCUGGAUGCCCUGGAGAUUAUUGGCAACAACAACUCUGACCUGAACCACAUCUUCAUCAACUUCUCGCCUGUCUUCAACCUGCAGCCCGUCGAUGUCGAGCAGGCGCUGGCUGGUUUCCUCGACCGCUUUGGUCGCCGCCUGUGGCGCCUCCGCGUCACUGGUGCCGAGAUUCGCAUCCUGUGCACCGACCCGGCUACGGGCAUGCCGUACCCGCUGCGUGUUAUCAUCAGCAACACGUAUGGUUUCAUCAUCCAGGUCGAGCUCUACAUUGAGCGUAAGUCCGAGAAGGGCGAGUGGAUCUUCCAGAGCAUUGGUGGUACCAACAAGCUCGGCUCCAUGCACAUGCGUCCCGUGUCCACCCCCUACCCGACCAAGGAGUGGCUGCAGCCCAAGCGCUACAAGGCCCACCUCAUGGGUACGCAGUAUGUGUACGAUUUCCCGGAGCUUUUCCGCCAGGCCUUCCAGAACAGCUGGACCAAGGCUGUUGCCAAGAUUCCGUCCCUGGCCGACAAGCGUCCUCCCGUUGGCGAGUGCAUCGACUACAGUGAGCUGGUCCUGGAUGAUACCGACAGCCUUGUCGAGGUCUCCCGUGAGCCUGGUACCAACACCCACGGUAUGGUCGGAUGGAUCGUCACUGCCCGUACUCCUGAGUACCCCCGCGGCCGCCGAUUCAUCAUCGUCGCCAACGACAUCACCUUCCAGAUUGGUUCGUUCGGUCCCCAGGAAGACAAGUUCUUCCACAAGUGCACGGAGCUGGCCCGCAAGCUGGGCAUCCCGCGUAUCUACCUGUCUGCCAACUCCGGUGCGCGUAUCGGUAUGGCCGAUGAACUGAUCCCGUACUUCUCCGUUGCGUGGAACAACCCGGAGAAGCCCGAGGCCGGCUUCAAGUAUCUUUACCUCACCCCUGAGGUCAAGAAGCGAUUCGAUGCCAGCAAGAAGAAGGAGGUCAUCACUGAGCGCAUCCAUGAGGAUGGCGAGGAGCGUCACAAGAUAACCACUGUCAUUGGUGCCAAGGAUGGCCUUGGUGUUGAGUGUCUGAAGGGAUCCGGUUUGAUUGCCGGUGCCACCUCCAAGGCGUACGAAGACAUCUUCACCAUCACUCUGGUGACCUGCCGCUCGGUCGGUAUUGGUGCGUACCUGGUCCGCCUGGGCCAGCGCGCCAUCCAGGUCGAGGGUCAGCCCAUCAUCCUGACCGGUGCGCCGGCCAUCAACAAGCUGCUUGGUCGCGAGGUCUACACCUCCAACCUGCAGCUGGGUGGCACCCAGAUCAUGUACAAGAACGGUGUUUCGCACAUGACCGCCACCGAUGACUUCGAGGGCGUGCAGAAGAUUGUCGAAUGGAUGUCCUUCGUCCCCGACAAGAAGGGGGCACCGAUCCCCAUCCGGCCCUGGUCGGAUGACUGGGACCGCGACGUCGCCUACUACCCUCCGCCCAAGCAGACUUACGAUGUCAGAUGGCUCAUCGGCGGUAAGCAGGAAGAGGACGGAUUCCUGCCGGGUCUGUUCGACAAGGACUCCUUCGAGGAGGCGCUCGGCGGCUGGGCCCGGACCGUCGUCGUGGGUCGCGCCCGCCUGGGUGGUAUCCCCAUGGGUGUGAUUGCUGUCGAGACCCGAUCGGUCGAGAAUGUCACCCCGGCCGAUCCCGCCAACCCCGACUCCAUGGAGAUGAUCGCCACGGAGGCUGGUGGUGUGUGGUACCCCAACUCGGCCCACAAGACCGCUCAGGCUCUGCGCGACUUCAACAACGGUGAGCAGCUGCCCGUCAUGAUUCUCGCCAACUGGAGAGGUUUCUCUGGUGGCCAGCGUGACAUGUACAACGAGGUUCUCAAGUACGGUUCCUACAUUGUCGACGCACUGGUCAAGUACGAGCAGCCGAUCUUUGUGUACAUUCCUCCAUUUGGCGAGCUCCGUGGUGGUUCCUGGGUCGUCAUCGAUCCCACGAUCAACCCCGACCAGAUGGAGAUGUACGCCGACGAGGAUGCCCGCGGUGGUGUGCUCGAGCCUGAGGGUAUUGUCAACAUCAAGUACCGCCGUGACAAGCAGCUGGAUACCAUGGCACGCCUUGACCCUGCUUACGGUGAGCUGCGCCGAUCGCUGGAAGACAGCUCUCUCAGCAAGGAUCAGCUGUCGGAGAUCAAGACCAAGAUGGCCGCGCGCGAAGAGCAGCUUCUGCCGGUGUAUCUGCAGAUCGCGCUGCAGUUUGCCGACCUGCACGACCGUGCGGGUCGUAUGCAGGCCAAGAACACCAUCCGCCAGCCACUGCGCUGGCAAAACGCCCGCCGCUUCUUCUACUGGCGCCUGCGCCGCCGUCUCAGCGAGGAGCUGAUCGUCAAGCGCAUGGUUACCGCCUCAUCGACGCCGGUGUCGCGGAACGGCUCGUCUGGUGCCAUCCCCUCGUCGGGCACCGCUCACUCCAGCCCGCAGGAGACCCCUCGCGCCACGCACCUGCGCACCCUGCACUCGUGGACCGGACUGCUGGACGACGAGCUCGAGCACGACGACCGCAAGGUUGCUACGUGGUACGAGGAGAACAAGAAGAACGUGCAGCUCAAGGUGGAGGCCCUGCGUACCGAGGGCGUCGCUACCGAUGUUGCCCAGCUCCUGAUUGGAAACAAGGAGGGCGGUCUCCGUGGUGUGCAGCAGGUGCUGUCCAUGCUGCCGGUGGAGGAGCGCGAGUCAGUGCUCAAGUACCUGGGGUCGGGCUAA